CGACCUCACUUGCAAUCAAGGAGCUCGACUCGAUACUUGACCAUCACUCCACAGAACAACCACAACCAUCACCAUGCCCAACACGACCCACACGAUCGCUGUCACUGGUGUGACCGGCAAUCUCGGUGCCCUGGCCGUUGAGAAGCUGUUGGCACGCGGUCAGCCGGCGUCCCAGAUUGUUGGCCUGGCUCGCACGCCGUCCAAGGCCGCUGCGCUUCAGGCCAAGGGCGUCACGAUUCGCACUUUUGACUUUGAGCAGCCCGCGACCACGCUGGCCAGCGCCCUCGCGGGCGUCGACUUUUUGCUGCUCGUCUCGUCGAGCGAGGUCGGCAAGCGCGCGGCGCAACACCAGCAUGUCAUUGACGCGGCCAAGUCGGCGGGUGUGAAGCUGAUCGCCUACACCUCCCUUCUGCAUACCGACACGUCGGCCCUGACCGUGCUGCCGGCAGAGCACAACGCGACCGAAGCCGCCCUCAAGGCCAGCGGCGUGCCCCACGUGCUGCUGCGCAACGGCUGGUACAACGAGAACUACGAGAGCUCGAUUGGUGGUGCCGUGGCGCAGGGCAAGCUCAUGGGUGCUUCGGCUGAGGGCAAGAUUGCGUCGGCGUCCCGUGCCGAUUAUGCCGAUGCCGCCGCAGCUGUGCUGCUGGCCGACGAUGCCGUUGCACAGCAUGCCGGCAAGACAUACGAGCUGGCUGGUGAUGAGGCGUACACGCUGGCUGAGCUGGCCGGCGAGGUGCAGAAGCAGAGUGGCAAGACGGUCGAGUAUGUGCCUCUUGAUCGCGAUGCCUACAAGGCGGCCCUCGAGUCCAUCGGCCUGCCCGAGCCCAUUGCGGAGAUGCUCGCCGACUCGGACAACGGUGCAGCCCAAGGUGGUCUGUUUGACAACAGCAAGACGUUGAGCGCACUGACGGGCAAGCCUACCACGCCCAUUGCCGAGACGGUGGCCGCAACGCUCAAGCAGUAAAAGGCUCUGUUAGCCGCUCUCCCACCCAUGUCGGCCGUGCCGUGACAGGGGUCUAGCCCCCCUGUUCUGUUGAUUGCUGUCCUGUGAUCCAUCCUCCGCAUUACUACCUGCAUCCCAUAUUUGCAAUUUAGCCUGAGAAGCUC